AUGGCAAUCUAUUGGGGUGUUAAUCGAUUUGAGAUGUAUUUGCGCGGGAAAGAAUUCAAAGUUGUUACGGACCACAAACCACUUCUGAAAAUAUUCUCUACAGAUUCUAAUCCAAACGCGAGACAGCAACGCUGGGUACUCAACCUGCAAGGAUAUCGAUUCACAUUGACGUACGUUCCAGGUAAAACUAAUAUUGCCGAUCCGCUUUCACGGCUGGCACAAGUCGAUAGUCGUAGCUGCGAUAAUUCAUGUGAAAAAGACUUAUGGGCUAUUGUUGAAAGUGCUUUGCCAUCGACGGUAUCUAUGACAGAAAUAAUACAAGCUUCUGAGGAAGAUGCCACAUUUGAGAAACUUCGCAGCGCGAUUAACGUGGGAACAUGGACCAGUGAUUUGAAACAGUAUUACCCCUUUCAAGGUGAGCUGUGCCGCGUGAAUAAUUUAAUAUUACGGAUGAACAGAAUCGUAGUUCCUGAGAGGCUUCGUGCUAGGGUUCUAGAUCUAGCACACAGCGGACACCCAGGGUGUAACAAGAUGAAGCGGAGAUUGAGAGCAGCGUUAUGGUGGCCUGGGAUCGACAAAGCCGUAGAGUUGAGGUGUAAGCAAUGUCUACAAUGUCAAGCCGUAGGAAAAGGACCUAACCCUGAACCACUGCAGAUCAGAGCGAUGCCAACAAAACCGUGGAGCCACCUGAGUGCAGAUUUUCUGGGACCGCUACCGAAUAACAAGUUUCUGUUCGUACUUGUGGAUUACUACAGUCGAUAUUGCGUGGUGGAAGAGAUGAUAACAACCACUUCUGCUGCUAUCAUUAAACGCCUCGAACGCAUAUUUACAAGACUGGGAUUGCCCGAUGUUCUGACGACAGAUAAUGCAGCUAACUUUUGCAGCCAGGAAUUUAAAGACUUUUGCGUCGAUAACGGCAUUCGCCUUACACAUACAACACCAUAUUGGCCCGCUGCUAACGGAGAAGUUGAGCGGCAGAAUCGCUCAAUUCUGAAAGCGUUGAAGAUCGGGCAGCUGAACAACGAAAGUACGGAAAAAAGCCUGCAGCAGUAUCUAUAUAUGUACUCUGUUACCCCACACUCAGUUACAGGUGCAUCACCAGCAGAACUAAUGUUUGGCAGACGUUUCAAAGAUCGGUUUCCUCAUAUAGAAUGGGAAAAGAUAGUGGAUGAAGAAGUAAAGGAUCGAGACCUCGUAGCAAAAUAUAAUUCGAAACUAUAUCGCGAUAAAAGUGUUAAUGCUAAAGAAUCUGAUAUUUCCGUUGGUGACCAAGUCUUAAUGAAGAUGCACCAUAAACCAAAUAAAUUGGCUCCAAAUUUCCAUCCUAAUCCAGCUCUGGUUAUAAAUAAAACCGGUAACAGUGUCACAGUUAAAUCAACGAGCGGAAAUAUAUAUCGGCGCAAUUCAAGUCAUCUAAAAUCUGUUCCAGCUACUUCGAGCAUCAAUAACUACGUCAAUCGAGAAUUAGAAGCGGACGCUGAUCCUACAGUGUCAGAUAACACAUCAGCAGGGAGCGGACAAACAGUUGUGACAAAUGAAUCGUCGGAAACUGCAGCUGACCGUCCGAAGCGUCAAUUAAGAAUACCUGUGAAGUUUAAAGACUACGAUAUGAAUUUUCAGUAA